GUAAGCGCCGAGCCGCGGCCAUGGGAGGAUCACCGCUGCGCCGGCCGGCCUAACUUACAGUGCUUCGCUCCACAUUCUUAACCUUAUAGAUGUGCGAAUCAUGUUUAAAGGAGCCGUCCGCCUGCACGUGGUGUUCCUGUGCUUGCUGUGGGCUGGAGUGAACCGCGCUGAGGCUAGAAAUGAAGCGAAAGCGGCGUGGAGGGGCGGGCCGGCAGGGGAGUUCUCCAAGCAUAAUGUUGUGGUGCCCAGUUUGAGUCACGGAAGGAGCAAGCGACAUCUCGACUCCACUGUCCAUGAGGACGGCCACGUGCAUGACAUCACCCUGGGCUUCACUCUUGAUGACCAGGACUUCCUCGUGGACCUGCAGCUCAACAGAGACUUGCUGCCGAAGGACUAUUUUGAGAAGUCGUACCAGAAUGGGAGUCAUCACAUACACCGGCCUGAUGGGGAGAUGGCAGGGCUGUGUCACUACCAGGGUGUGGUGCGCGGCAGGAAUGGCUCCUGGGCGGCACUGUCAACAUGCCAUGGUGUGAGUGGCGUGGUGUUCGAUGGCGCUGAGCUACACUAUGUUGAGAGGGUCCCAGAAUCACCACCGGCCGUCCACAGCCCUCACUACGUCUUCAAACAUUCGCACCUCAUCCCGCAGAAUCUGUCUUGCGGUUACUCAGGGAAGCCUCAUCCAGUGCGAGAUUUGUUCCAUGAUGAAACUUUUACCCGCCUACUAAGGUACAAGCGUAGCAGCAGCAGCAGCAGCAGCAACCACAACAACAAUGGUAUUCACGGAAGUAGCAGCAGCAACAUUCGCGGCCCCUUCAAUGCCAAUCCUCUGUCCCGCUACGUGGAGCUGGUGCUGGUCACAGACAGGGCCGAGUAUGAGAAGUACGGCCAUGAGGAGGCAAAACUCUUUCACCGGUGCAAGGACAUCGCCAAUAUUGUCAAUGCGCUGUAUCAGCCGCUCAACAUCUUCAUCGCCCUGGUCGGGGUGGAGGUAUGGAAGGACGAGGACCAGGUGGAGAUCUCCAAGGAUGGGGACAAGACGCUCACUAACUUCCUAAACUAUCGCAAAGUUCGACUCAUACGUGACCACCCAAACGACAACGCCCAGCUGUUGACCGGGAAGCAGUUUGACGCAGGUGUGGUGGGCAAGGCGCUGAAGGGACCCAUCUGCACCUACCAGUACUCUGGUGGCGUCAACAUGGACCACAGUGACACGGUGGGCCUGGUGGCCACCACAGUUGCCCAUGAGAUGGGUCACAACUUUGGCAUGGAGCACGACAAUGAGGAGGAGUGCGAGUGUCCAGACAAGCGGUGCAUCAUGGCACCAUCUUCGGGGUCUAACAGCCCUACACACUGGAGCAGCUGCAGCUACGAGUACCUGGCACUGUCCUUUGAGCGCUCCAUGGACUACUGCCUGCGCAACAAACCCACCAGCCUGUUUGACUCCCCCGUGUGUGGCAACGGUUUUGUGGAGCCUGGGGAGCAGUGUGACUGUGGCCUGCCUGACUACUGCACCAACACCUGCUGCAAUGCCACCACCUGCAUGCUGUACCCCAACGCCACCUGUGCCACCGGCCACUGCUGCGACCUCCAGACGUGCCGCCCCAGGAUGUCUGGGGUGGAGUGUCGAUCGUCCGUCCACGAAUGUGACCUGCCGGAGUACUGCAGCGGCGACUCCGAGUACUGCCCCAGCGACGUGUUCAAGGCUGACGGCCACCAGUGUCAGCACGGACAGGCCUUUUGUCACGGUGGGAUGUGCCGCACCCACGGGGAGCAGUGCAAGCUAUUGUGGGGACCAACGGGGCAGAGUUCUGAUGACCAGUGCUACCGCAUGAACACUCAGGGCAGCCACAAGGGCAACUGUGGCUACAACUGGGUCAACGACACCUACUACCGCUGCAGCAGCGAUGACAUCAAGUGUGGGCUGCUGCACUGCAUGCACCUCAAUGAGCGGCUGGAGUUUGGCAUGGAGAGCGUCAGCAAGGUUUCGCACAGCUUCCUGAAGGGCAAGGAGGGCGUCAUCCCAUGCCGCGUGGCACUGGUGGACAUGGGCCUGGACAUGGUGGACCCGGGCCUAGCUCCUGAUGGCGCCAAGUGUGGAAAGGGCAAGAUGUGCAUCAACCAGCGCUGCAUGGCUGUCGCUAAUCUCCAGCUGGCAGCGUGUAACUGCCACGGCAAUGGUGUCUGCAACAACAAUGGUCACUGCCACUGUGACGUUGGGUAUGCCCCGCCAGACUGCCUGUACCCUGGCCUGGGGGGCUCCCAAGACAGUGGGCCAGCAUCCAACCCCCAUGCAACUAACACAUUCGUUUUAGGAAUGUUUGUGUUCUUCCUGGGCAUCGUGCCGGCGGUGAUGAUGCUGUUUGGCCUCAUCUACUAUGCCCGGGGGAACCUGCAGUUGUGGUGGAAGACCAAGGGCCGGCCUGCCACCUCAAAACUGUCACACGUGGAGACCAACAACAAGGCUGCUGCUCCCUCUGCUCCGCCCAUGGAGGUUGGCGUGGUGGGCUGGUCGGUGGACCUGGCUAUGCCGCAGUCCAUACCCACCCCUCGCUCCCCCACACCUCCCUCCUCCCAGGGGUCCAAGAGCAACAGUCCCCUGCUCAAUGGCCAUGCUGCUGCCAUCUCUAAUAGAUUACUGGUUGAUAAGCCAAGCUCCCCAUCAGGCAACAUUCCUGUGAAAUAUGGCUUUACAAUAUCUCCGCGUACAGAAACCUCCAAUGGAGUGAGUGGGGAGCCUGUCCCUGCCAUUCCCCCUCCUCCCCCAGCCAACACAUCCUCCCCUGCUCAUGUCCCACCCACAAACACUGCCAAUGGACAGGCCUUUGGGUUUAAAGUCAAGCCACUGCCAGGAGCCAAGAUGAGCAUAAGUGGCCCUAGCCUCCAGGGGUCCACCAACCCAGCCAUUGCCAGCCACAUGCCAGCCAGGAUAGCCCCACCACCACCAUCAGCAGCACAGCAGACCAACACCUUUGCUGGGUCUCCCUCUGGCCGUCCCACCCCGCUGCCCCCCGUGGCCGUGGUCUCUCCCUCCCGCCGGCCACCCAACCUGGCCGUCCGCCCUCUUUCCGUGCCCGACGCAGCAUCGCUUAUCACGCAGGCUGGCAAGCAAGGCAGCCAGGCCGAGGUGGUCUCUGAGGUGAAGCGGCCAGAAGGAGAGAAGCCAUCGACAGUGGCCAGGAUUGCCUCCUUCCUCACCAAGAAAGACAAGCCUGGCUCUGAAGCCUCUGAGGCUGACAUAGAGGCAGGCCACUGCAACACACUGCCCAGGAAGGCUGCCAAGAUCAAGAGAGAGAGUCUUGUCCAGAUGGAAAUCUCUGCACCGAUGGAGCUCCAGGCCACUGAACUCCCCGCUAACCUGGUGCCGGUGAGGUCAGCACCCAGUCCCCCAGCAGGCAGUAUGAAGCCAGGCCAGGACAGAGUGUCCCCAGAGGAGAAUACUAAGCCCGCCAAGGUGUCGUGGGCCCCAUCUGUUCCCCGGGACAAGGUUCCAGCCCCAGCGGACUCUCGUUCCAAGGGGAAAGCAGCCCUGUCCCCUGUGGCCAGGGUUCAGGGUGAGGGCAAGGCUGAGCUGCAGCGGAUGGCCAGUGUGCGGGAGCCUCCUGUAACGAUUCGUCCGACCAUUCCCAAGUUUGGAUCGAUGCGUGCUCCCCGCCCCAAGAGCCUGCCUCCCACUCGCCCCUCAGAGCCGCCCCCACGCCCCCCACUGCCCAUGAUCCCCGGCACACCUGAUUCAGAGUGUUACUACGAUGACUGCCUCAAUGUACAGGACGGUGCUGCUCCUCUGGUCAGCGCUGAUGAGGACGGCUCCCCCACCGAGAACAUUUAUGCUACCAUUGAUGACCAGACGCCGGAGGACAGUGACUCCCCCUUGCAGGAGGUGACUUAUGCAGCACCUGAAGAGACAAAGAAGGAAAAGAAAUCCAUAUUUUCCUUCCUCUACAACAAACCUAAGAAGAAAUUGAGCAAGGACAAAGGCUCUCUGGAAGACGACCUUUCCUCGGAGCCGGUGUACACCAAUUUGGUGGAACUCCCGCCGGAGAGUGAAGCAAAGACAGAGGAUGGGGAAACCUCCUCAGCCAGCAGUGCCUCAGCCUCAACCAGCCCACCCAGCGGCAUUGGCGGCCACAGGACCAGCACCGGCAGCUCGGAAGAUGGCGGGUUGCUCUCAGAGAUUGUGACGGAACUCUCCUGCCGAGAUGCAGACUUUGUGAGUGCCCUAGCCAAGAAGAGGAAGAAGAGUGCUGUGAAAAGUGCCAGUGUGGAAGCCAAGGGUAGCAGCCCCACCAAGGGCAAACCAUCACUGCCUUCCAUCACCAGUGAAGGAAAUUUGUCUGGCAUCAAGACCAGCAGUGGCAGCAGCAACAUGAGUAAGAGUACCUCUGAGCCGUGGGGGGCAGGCAUGGUGGGGAAGGUAGCUGCUGGUAAAGUUUCACUCACCAGUCCUUCUUCCCCUUUGGCAACUGCUACUAGUGGAAAGAAACCAACCUCCAGCUCUGAGCCUCGUGGCGUCCUUAACUAUGUCAAUAUAGCAAAGUCCAAGGUCUCUGAGCCUGCCUCCCCCUCCCCCUCCCCAGUACCUGCUCCAGUUCCUGGCUCAGCUGUCAGGUCAUCCUCAAGCUCACACAAACUGAAGGAAAACAAAACCACCACUCCAAGUCCUGUUCCAAUCACCACAUCCUCCAACACCACCACCCCCAUGACACUUGCUGCCUCACUGGCUGCUGUAAGGGCAGCUGGUGCAGCAGCAGGAGAGGCAGCAGCUGUAGCUAACAUGGCAGGUAACAAGAAAGAGAGCCAAUCUGCUGCACCAAAAUCCAGUUUCUUACAUAAUAGACCAACAACUCAGCCUCCAGUGAGUAUUUCCAGCCCAACCUCCACCACCUCCUUCCCUCCUCCCUCCUCUCCCACUGCCACUGCCACCACCACUGCUGCCGGUCCAACAAGUGUACAAACAGUUCCCUCUAGCAGCAUUGCUCCAGCAUUCCGGCCUGGCAGGCCUGCCUUCCCAGACAAGAUUGUGUUCCCUCCUGACAAGGUCCUCUCAGAGGCCCAGCCAAACAAUAAAAAGAUGCCCACUGAGAAGGCUGCCUCCAAAGGGCAGCGAGAUGCUGGAGGAGGCAAGGGAGUCAUCACCUCUCCCACCAGAGGCAGUAGUUCCAGCACCUCACGAGGCAGAGGCACCUCCCCUCCUGCUAAAGUUACCUCACCCGUCUCCAAGCCAGGGAGUGCUGGUGUUGCCUCCAGAGGCCCCACACCAUUGCGGAACACCACAUCCAGCAGGACCAACAGUGCCGGGGGAAGUGGAAUGGCCGAGAGGAGUCGAAGUGCCACACCCCAGUCAGGCGGGAGAAGACAGACGCCACCAGGGGGAAGCAAAGGAGAUGUCAAAUCUGCCCCAAAGGCCACCGACAAAUCAGGCACCAAGGCAGCAGAGAAGGCACCCGUUAAGGCUGUGGCCAAAACUGCCGAUAAGUCAGCUGAUAAGCCAGCCCCCAAGCGAUUAGGAGGCAAGUCAGCGCCGGCUGGAACUCGGCCCGGGGCAUCAGUGGAGCACAGCAGCGGCACCAGGCCGGUGAGGACCAGCAACUCACUCGUGGCAUCAAUGCAGCAGAAGUUUGAAAAGAAGGAGUCUGAGGCGCAGGACACCAAGCCACUAGGGAAGGGUGGACCAUCCUCAGCCAGGAAGAGUAUGGAGGUGAAGCCUGCCGUGGCACCCAAGCCUAAGUAGAGUGAGGAGGCGUGGCCCAUCAUGAAGGAUUGAAGAUUUGCCUGAAUAGUAAGAGUGACAUCUUACUGUGCAUAAUAUACUCAACAAGUGGAGCUACAGUUAGUGUUGUUGUUAAGGACAAGACCUGAAGUAUGGACUUCAUGCAGGUCUGAGUGAGGCAGGACAAACUGUGAUAUGUGGAUGAGUGUGCUCAUGGCCUCCACCUCCACUUUCUCCACCUCACCACUCACUCUCUCACCCUCUCCCUCUUUCCCCCUCCCCUCCUUGGACCUCACCACUGCAGCUCACAUUUCAUGCCUUCAAAGUUUCAAAAAAGACUUAUAAGCAAGUCUUUGUCAAUUUAUUAUACUCUGCAAACCAAAGAUAUUUGUUAUAAUUUUAAACAGUAUUAAAUUGUUUGUUCUAUUAUGGUUGCAUUGUACUGUUAGGACUUGCUGUGUUGGUGGUCCUGUCCCUCCCUAGUCCGGAGGGCGGCCUCAUCCCCCACCAUUGUUGCCGACGCAUUUGUUUUGUACUUACGCAUUAAUGCCAGACUUGGGGUCAGUCUGUACACUUUGUUUGAAAACAUCACUUUAUGCUGUCUGUUGUUAGGGUAGAACUUUGACUAUUUUUUUACAUAAAAUUACUCAUAAUCUCCUUUUUUAUAUACAGUGUUAUGAUGCAACUAACAAAAUUUCAUGAUGGUCAUUUUUGUUUGUCAGACCUGAGAAGGAAGUGCACUCAUAGUACAGCACAGAAAAAAAUUCUUGCGAAAUAAACAUGAAAACUUAUCUUGGAAAAGUAAAAUUCUUACAUGUAAUUUUUUUAUGUUCCAAUGAAAUGCUGUAAGCUCCUAAUCAGUUUGGCUCAGUAUGUGAUUGACCCCAUGUCUGAUUUCAGCAUUUUCAUUUAUCACUGAUGGUGCUUGAAUUUCACUAUGUGUUAAGAUGUUGAUACAGAAAGUGACAAAAGGUGUGCUGAUGUUUUCAGAUGCACUGCUUAGGGAUCAAUGUAGAAGGAAGUUUUCACCUCCUUGAGUUACAGAAAUGGCAUAUUGAUUCAUCAUAGCUUUUUUUCUCUAGUUUUAGUACAUAUGUAAAUUUAGUUUGUUGUCUUUGUAUCAUCAGACACCCUGCCAGCCAUUCCUCCCAGAGUGUUUGGCUCGCGUGUUUCCCAAGCCGUUGUACCUUUGUGUCAGUCAGGACCAAUACUUUCCUCUGCAUUUAGGACCAGCAGGUUACAUAUUUAUAUAUAUUUUGAUAGACACUCACCCAUGACUUACACAUGGACAGACAGACAGUCAUACAGAUUGAUAGACACACAGGCCAUCUUUGUCUCCUCCAGUGAUGAUGAUCUUGAGGGGGGUAUUACUUCAUUUCACCAGUCUCACUCUCCAGCAGUCUGUGUAUUGCAUCAGUACUUAAGUGUCUGUGUCUCAGCCUCCCCGGCCUCACCACAAGUGUCAGGAGGAUCUUGAGUGAUGCAGUGUGGGGAAUGUCAGACUGGUUGCUCUGAUGCUGCCAGAAGGUUGUCGUGUCAUCACAUGGUGGGUGUCCUUGUAGUGUGUCCUCGGGUGUAGCUGUAAACACUGUCCAUGUAGGAGAGUCACUGUUCACCAUCUCUGUUGUAUACCACCUGCUAGUAUCUGUCUCUGUUUUGCCCCACAUUUCACCCUCAUCAACUCAUUUUUGUUUCCACAGGUGCAGUGUAAUGGAGUGCAGUGUGUAUCAUUGUGCUUACAGAUGAAGGUGUGAAGGCUAGGGCUGGGCAUCACUGAGUUCAGGUGGAUAUGCCAAGGUAACUUAUUGGUAAAUUUUUUUUUGGUGUGCAGGUCACUGCAGCAAUUUUAAAAUCUGAAAUUAUUCAAAUUUUUUGGAAAAUGAGUGUGUGAUUGAGGAGAGUGAUUCAUAACUCAGCAAAGGAAUUGACAAAUUUAAUUCUUCCUUGGGUCCCGAGUCUAGUCCUUGUAUGAGCCCAGGGAAGUGAACAAGGCAUGCAUACAUGUAUUUUUCCACCAUAUAUGCAUUUAUAUUUUUCAACAUAAACAUUUAGCCAGUCACUGGGUGUGAGUUCUGAUUUCUUGUAGAGAGGUUUUAUUACUGUUGGCAUCACUGUAGACUUCAGUUUUAUUCUGUAUUUCUUCUACUGAAAUCUCAGGUGUCUUAGAAGUUUAUGAAGACAGGUUUCUUAUUCCUCAUGAGUGAAAGUGUGUGUGUAUCAGACACAGUUGAUAGCAGAGCACAGCACAGUGCUUAGUGAGCUGGCUGGGUUGUGGGAUGUGGGACUAGUUGGUUCACAGGACAGAUUAUGUACAAGCUCAGCCCACCAGGAACUCACUUCUGCCACCGGACAGGUCACAUUAGGAGAUAGUGGUGACAGAUGUCAUCAUACCUGAGUCACCAGGUCAAGAUAGAUGACCAUGCAGGACUCAGCACCAGAAUGGCUGAGUGGAGCACUGGGGAAUGUUAAUGAAAGCCUUUCUGUAAGGUUUCCUGAAGCAUUUGGGUUUUUCCUUUGAAGAGAUGAGAGAGCACUGUCUUAUAGAAAGUGUUGUUAAGGGCUCCUUUGUAGGAGUUAGCAGAAGUGUUGUAAAAAUGCUAGAAAAGAUAAAGGAAGUGAUGUUGCAGUUAUACCUUGACAGCUGUGAAGGCUUUGGUGUCACUUCUCUGAAGGUUAAAUGUGUAAAGAGUUAAAUGUACCUCUUGUAUUGUGUUGUUAGUACUGGAAAUUGUUAAGAAAAGUACAGUUGAAGGAACUGAAAACUGACAAAACAAAUUUUCUAUAAAUGUGAAGAAAAAUGCUAGAUUUGGAGUGAUUUCACUAAAGUCAUUAUGGAAUUUCCAUUACCUCCAUUUUUUGUGCUGCAGGGAGCGCCGAGUAUUGUGGUGCAGUGUGAACACUGAACACGUAUCAUAUAUUGUAGACUCACUUGGGUCACGGAAACUAUGACUAAUUUCUUAUUUACAUAUGAAAUCAAAAUACUAAUGGAACACAGCUUUGACAGAUUGCUCUCCUUAACUGCUCACAAUCUCUGCUGUGGGAACACUUGCAUCAGCAUGUUCAUGGAAAGCUGUCCUGCUCCACAACUUGCUUCCAAGUGGUGUAAGUUCUCCACCAAGGUUAUCUCGCUCUGUGUUUUCUGCUGGUCUGCUGGUUUUCUGGCGCUCCAUUGCUGGGCCUCAAGAUGCACUGCCUGACAUUAGUCAGCUGGUCCAGUAUGUACAGAUAUCUUUCUCUCUUCACAUAAACUUCUGCCUUGCUGGAUGGAUACAGGGAUGUGCAGGGAAUAUUCUCUGGCCACCAUGGUUGGCUCAACACCACACAUAUCGAAUGGGUGUCUGCAACCACCCUUGUCCUCUCCUUCUCCUACUCAAACUGGAAAAGUAAAAGUGGGUCAGCUUAACUCUGAAAUCCCUCAAACAGGGCAUGAGGUUCUGUAAGGUAUGUUUUGUGCAGCAUUGCAGCUCCCCUCUCUCCUUGGCUGGGUGGCGUGCAGACCACUCACUGCCAGCCAGAGUUGGGGCUUCAGGGUCAUCUGUAAACUGGUGGUUAAGUUUUUACAGUUUGAGAAAAGAGGACUUCAGUAAACGAAAGGAAUGUUGUUGCUGAGUAUCCUCAUCUGCCUCAAUAUAAAAAGAUAGUUUUAUCACCGUGCACUUUGCACUGUUAAAAAAUUGAAUGAUUAGAUAUAUAUUUUCCUAAUAUUAUGUUGUUGUUGAUCAAAUUGGAUGUUAAGCUUGGUAAAUUCCUUUCCCAUGUCCUUUCCCAACUCUACACAUGACCAAUUCUUGUUCUCUUCAUGGCCAUGCUUGAUAAAGUGCUACAUUUGUGUUAGACAGCACUGUGGUGUUCACAUUUCCUGAAGGUGAACAACACAAGUGGGUGGCCGGAUCAGGCAUUUGUCUCACGUGGGCAUUAAGACUGAGUGGCAAUGGGCAUUGGCUUGAGUUACAAUCCAUCUCCCCAGAAUUGUUAUUGUGUGAAAAAAUAUCAACAGCUUCACAAACAUUACUAUAUCAUGUUGCAGCUUUGUACAUAGUGUGUGUGUGCAUGACAGAGAGAAUGUAUGAAGGUGUGUAUGAGUGUGCGUAUUGAAUGUAAACAUGUUAGUACUACAGAUCACAUGCAUUAUAGCAGUGAGGGCCCGGACACUGCUUCAGAUGACAAAAAAAAGAAAAGACCUUAUUACUUAUUAAAGAACAAAACACAACCUGAGCUUCUGCACCACCAGAUAGAUACUAAUGUUAUUCCAAAUACCCAAGAAACUGAGCAAUCCAUUGAAACGGAGAAGUAAAGGUUUAUUGAGUCAGGGGUGUUUAUGCCCUUCCUUCUUACAAUCAAAAUGCAUACAUUCAUAGAAGAAUUUAGCUUUUUUAUAAAUGCUGAGUGCCAGGGAGUGACAUUAUGCUAAACGCUGGUGUGGUGGCUGCUGGUGGAAGCUGUCCCAGGAUGUUUAUGUGGCUUCCCUUUGCCAAGCCAAGAGUGAUAUUAUGGAGGAGACAAGGCAACACCCAUCACACCAACAGUUUUUUGUAUGCUAUUUAUUAAAGUGAUUGUAUUAUAAACUAGAAUAAAAAGAGCAUUUUGUAUAAAA